AUUUCUCUGCAGACAAUGUUUCACGCCCCUGAAAUAAAUGCAUGCGAAUUGAGAGGAGCGAGAGAGAAAGAGAGAGAGAGAGAGAGAGAGAGAGAGAGAGAGAGAGAGAGAGAGAGAGAGAGAGAGAGAGAGAGAGAGAGAGAGAGAGAAUUGUUUGGGAGCCGCCGCCGCCGGGUGGCUAAUGAGGCCCGUCGUCGUCGCCGUCGCUCUCUCUCUUAUUAUUCCAGUCACUUAGGCGGCACCUGGUGCGGCCGGGUGGGGAGAGCGGCGCGCGGGUCGGUCGGUCGGUCGGUCGGUGGUCGUGAUGGCACACAGCAGUCGGUAGUCUGCCCCAUCAUGAGGGACAUGUUCGACGCGUUCCAGCCGUGGGUGCUCAGCACCUACGGCGACUCGGCAAAGACCAAGACCAUUACGGCCCGCAAGUACGCGCGCAUCCUGCGCACCCUUCAGGGCCACGAGGUCAACUCGGCUGACAACUCAAAGUUCCGCUUCUGGGUCAAGGCGAAGGGCUUCCGCGUUGGGCCUCCACCGGGCCACGCGCCACCUCACGAGCCCCGCUUCAACCCCGUCAGCAGGAUGACCACCCUGGCCGAACCUGAGUUGUACGUGCCCACCGGAACGGAAAAGGACCAGUACAAAAAAGUGGCAGUGGUUGAGAACUUCUUCGAUAUAAUCUACAGUGUGCAUGUGGACAUGGAAGGUCGCGCAGGAAAGCACGCUGGCCAAAAGCGGACUUACCGAGCAAUCACAGAGACGUACGCCUUCCUGCCCCGGGAGGCCGUCACCAAAUUCCUGCUGCAGUGCACAGACUGCCAACGGAGGCCUUCGAUGACUGACUCGCAAUCGCCGUCGCCCCCGCCGAUCAUGCCGGUGGCCCCCGCGCCGGGGGCCACGCCAUCCGGCCCGGCAGGUGGCUCGGCGGGGGGUGCACCCGUGACGGUCCAUCCGAGCGUGACGUCGGCCACACCCGGCAGGCUCGAGCCGCCCCUGAUCGACUACAGCCUACCCAUCACCACCACCUACCUGAAGCACAUGCGGAGCCUCGGCCUCACCGACGACGAGGCCCUCAAUUUGGAGAAAGAGUCAUCCAUGUCGCACUCGGCAGCUAAAAGAAGGGCCAAGGACAACCUCGGUACGCCAGAGCCCGACCUGAUCGAGGAUGAUUAUCAAGGCGCCUCAAACAAAGACGCAGAAAAACUAAAAAUGAUGCUUUUGGCCUGGAACUACCAAUCAGGUCGCAAUGGAGACCUCAGACUAGACGAGGCGGGGGAGGAGGGCUGGCAUCCCUUUAUGAAAUCCAAGCAGAGAGAAGAGAGCCCACAAGAGACUGCGUCUCUAGCAGACGAGACGUCAUCAUCCGGAAAUAAAGAAGACGAAGACGAUGAAGAGGAGGAUGAUAAAUUGGACGGACCAUCGCAGGAUCCCGAGAGACUUAAAGCGUUCAAUAUGUUCGUGCGGCUGUUUGUGGACGAAAAUUUGGACAGGAUGGUUCCGAUCUCUAAACAACCCAAGGAAAAAAUCCAGGCAAUCAUAGACUCGUGCAUUCGUCAAUUUCCAGAAUUCGGUGAGCGCGCCCGAAAAAGGAUCCGCACCUAUCUCAAAAGCUGCCGACGGACCAAACGAACAAGAGACCAAAACGGAGCAUCUUGGGAAUCGGCACGACCGACACCGGCUCACUUAACGUCGGUACAGGCUGAGCAAAUUUUGGCGCAGGCAUGUGAAAACGAGAGUCACAAUGCUAAAAGGAUGCGGCUGGGUCUUGAGCCGGUGAGUCAACCGAUGCCGGUGACGGCCUCCGAGAAGCCAGCGCCCAUCGACACAUUCCCAAAGGCUGAACCCAGCACCAUCGACUCCAAAGACGCUGCCACCUCGAAGCCCGCUUUCCGGCAAAGCGGGGCCGCCCCAACCUUUCAAAGGCCGCCGUUCCAACCGUACAACAUGGUGACGACGAAUGGACCGACUGAUUUGAGCAUGAAGAGCAGCAAACCAUUGCUCAACCACAAACUGAACCAGGCUGAAAUGGCAGCAGUAAGGCAGCUAAUUACCGGCUACCGAGAGUCAGCUGCAUUUUUGCUUCGCUCAGCAGACGAGUUGGAGCAACUUUUGUUGCAGCAACAACAGCAGUGAGAGACCAAAGAAAAGAAAAAUCUUAUUAAUGUUUAUGUACAAAAUAAUCAUAUAUACUUAUUCUUUUUUAAUCUCGGUGUAUCUAUUCCUACAAUAAAAAUAAAAUGCCGCAGCAUAUUAAUGUAAAAAUGAAAGAAAAACUACA